UUCACUUAAUUGUUAUUUUGGGAACCUAAAAUGGUUCUUCAAUGGCAUCAAUGCAAAAAUACCCUUUUAGAAAGUUUACUUUUAAGAGUGAAGUGUCACUAUGCAACCACCUAGCCUACACCGAAUACCAACUUAUAGCAAACUAGAUAGCAAAGUUGUGGCAAACAAUCAACCAUACUACCCUAACAUUUUGGCAGUACCUUUUCAUGGUUAAGCACCAAUCAUAUUUUAGUGUACAGGGAUGUGAGACUGUUAGAGAGAACAAUAAACUGGAACUAGAUGACAGAAGUGGUGACUGUUGUAUCACUUCCUGGACUGAGAAGGAAAUAUGCACAUUCACAAAAAGACACAGACAAAGUCUCCCUCUUCAGUUGGCACAUUUGACAUUCUUUAAAACAAGUGAAUGUUACAACAUGCUGUGCUGUGACGUCUAUGCAGAGGUAAGGUCGGAGAUCUUUUCCUCAGAAUCCAAAACUCAAAGUUCAGACCGACCAAUGGAUCUGGGCUUGGCUGAAGACCAUUUCUCUCGACCUGCGGGUUCAUUUGUGGCAUCCGAUGUAGAGCAGCUGAAACAGGCCAUAGCAGAGUGCAAGAGACUGAUCCUGGAACUGCCAGAACAUUCAGAGAAACAGAAGGACACAGUCAUCAAAUUGGUCCACCUUCGGCUCAAACUACAGGAAUUAAAGGACCCAGAGGAAGAUGAGCCGAACCUGCAGGUUCUGUUAGAGCAUCGAUUCUCAAAGGAGAAGAGCAAGAGUGUCAAACAGAUGUGUGACAAAUGUAGCACUAUCAUAUGGGGACUCAUUCAGACCUGGUACACCUGCACAGGUUGUUAUUACCGCUGUCAUAGCAAGUGUAUGCAUCUUAUCAACAAACCAUGUGUGAGGUCAAAGGUCAGCCAUCAGUCUGAGUAUGAACUCAGCAUCUGUCCUGAAGUUGGUUUAGACAAACAGGACUACAGAUGUGCUGAAUGUCGGACACCCAUCUCUCUACGGGGUGUUCCUAAUGAGGCACGGCAGUGUGAUUAUACAGGUCAGUAUUACUGCAGCAGCUGCCACUGGAACGACACAGCCAUUAUUCCGUCUAGAGUCAUACAUAACUGGGAGUUUGAGCCCCGUCAGGUGUGUCGUACAUCAAUGCGCUAUCUUGCUUUGAUGAUAACCAGGCCUGUGCUCAAACUGAAGGAAAUCAACCCUCUUCUCUUUAACUUUGUGGAGGAGCUGGUGGAAAUCAGAAAAUUACGUCAGGAUAUUUUGCUAAUGAAGCCAUAUUUCAUCACCUGUAAGGAGGCCAUGGAGGCCCGACUCCUGUUGCAUCUUCAAGAUCGUCAGCACUUUGUGGAGAAUGAUGACAUGUACAGCCUACAGGAUCUGAUUGACUUAUCCAGCGGGCGUCUCAGCUGUUCCCUUACUGAAAUUCACACAACUUUUGCCAAACAUAUUAAACUGGACUGUGAGAAAUGCCAGGCCAAAGGCUUCAUGUGUGAAUUGUGUAAAGAGGGUGACAUUCUCUUCCCAUUCGACAACCACACCUCCGUCUGUAAUGACUGUUUUGCUGUUUUCCACAGUCUGAAAAAAGAAGAGCAUAUAACAUUAAAACAACACAAGGGGAUUGUUACUAUGAUAACUCGACCACAUGUCCGCGCUGUGCAAGAAUGCUGGAACGGCAACAUGAGGAGUCCCAGAACCUGUAGAUGAACCUGACAGAUGGAUGAAUCGCAAAUACUGUCAAAGAUCUUCAGAGUCAGAACUUGUCUUAUAUUCAGUUUAUUUGUUCUUGAUGUUUUAACCAUGCUUCUGUUAGCUUCUGAACUGACAUUAAUGAAGUGUGAUCAGGAUAGAAGGAAAACCUCACAUUUUGAAUAUAUAAAUAUAGAACUUCUGGUUACUGUUAUAUAUCUUUAGUCCAAAGAGAAAUCUUUGACAAACUUUAAUAAUGGCAUGUUCCUCUUAAGAAUGUGACCGUGAGAUCAAUUUAAUUUCUUUCUAUAUGUAAUCCUGGGUAGCAUGCUUUUUAAGGGACCAGGAAAAAAUACUACAAGGCUACACUAUGUUCUGCUUUACAUUUAUAACCCCGUUAUACACUGUGGUUUAAUGCAGUAGAUAAUAUGCUGAUAAAUGAUUCUAUGAUAAUUAAUGAUAUAAAACAAAUGCUGUGCAACUAUUUCUGGUUUAAAUUAUUUCAAAAUGGAAUCUUCUGUAAUGCAGUUACCUGGUGUAAAAUUGUAUCCUAUUAAAUGACAUAAUGCUA